AUGGCAGCUCCCGACACCCCUUUGUGUGAUCCAAGGGCAGAAAUGAGCAGCCUGGAGAGCAACCAGGAGUCACGCAGUCAGCAAUUUGAAGACCUCAAAGAAAAUUUUCUUCCUUCGGAAUCUGUUGCCUCCAGCCUGGCCAAAUUGCUACAGAAAUACAAAUGUCUGAACAACCACAUCCCUGAGUCUCUGCUGAGGGAGAAGCAGCAGUGUAAGGCGGGGGAGCAGGCAGACGAGGUGUCGCUAGUGGAGAAGCUCAGGGAAGCCAGGACCCUGAUUCAAGAUCAGAAGAGGAAACUGUUCCUGUUAAGACAGAAGUUACGGCAUGGGAGAGAAGUGUUCUUUCGUCUUAGUGACCUUCUCAGUGACCUUCUCACAUUGGAUGACGCUGAAUGUGACCAGGAGCAGGGCCUCCAAGACGAGCUUAUUGAGGCAUGCAGACUGGUCGAGCGCUUUUUUUACAAGCUCAGUCCUGACAACUGUGAACAUCAGUUAGGCGAGGAUGAUUCGGCGGGAUCACUGAGCCUAAGUGACAAUCAAAGUAACCCCCUGACCCAGGAGGACACUGAAGAACUCAAGGGCCAUGAAGAACAACCGGCUAAUGGGUGCAAGCCAGCUGAGCGCCUUCUACAUGAUGUUCUUUCAGGAAAUAAUAAAGAUAUGAAGGAAGAAGAAAUAUUUUACAAGACAUAUUCCAAAGUGAUUGAUGAGAACAGGACACUGUCCCAGGAAGACCCUGAAGAACUCAAGAGACAGGACCAUGGAGAACAACCGGCUAAUGGGUGCAAGCCAGCUGAGCGCCUCCUACAUGACCUUCUGUCAGGAAAUAAUAAAGAUAUGAAGGAAGAAGAAAUAUUUUACAAGACAUAUUCCAAAGUGAUUGAUGAGAACAGGUAA